UUGCAAGUGGGUAAACAUAUUCUUAAGUUUUCUGUGCGCAAUCUACGUGAUUUUAUACGGGUAAUUGCUUAUUGUCAAAAAAGAAUGCUUCAUGCAGAUCUCAAAUAAAAAGAAGUAAAAAUGAGUUUCAGCGUUUUAUCAUUCUGCCAAAUUCGAGACCUAGUCUCGAAUUUAGGCUGGAGAGAUCAGAACAAUGUAUAUGUGAGAAAUUUUAAUUGCUUAAAGGUUCUUGAAAAGUUGGAAACAGCAUUGCAAAAUGAAGAUGUCGUUAAUAGGAAUGUUCGACUUGCCUUGCAUAUUUGUGAUACCGUGACAAAUGAUUUGGUUCCGAUUAUCAUUUAUGAAAAAGAUCCCAAAAUUCGUGCAAUAGGUAUUAGAAUUUUGGUGUCCUUAUCAAUGCCAGUGGAAUGCUUAUUGCCAAUAGAAGACAUCCGAAAUGACACCAAGUCUCAAAAUGUUCGAAAAAAGCUCAUCCUUUGCACUUUUACCAUUAAAAAAGCUUUUUUAGAUGCAUGUGCUACAUUAUCCCUGGUGUCUAUGAUGAGAGAAGCAAUGAUUAGAGCUGAAAAACAUUCAAAUGCUCUGGAGAAAGAAGAGUGUAUCCAUUUAAAGAACUGUCUUGUUCUUCUACGAAAUCUGUUGCACAUUCCCGAGGAUGCAAAAUCAUCAAAAGAAUCAAGACUCUGCUUAACUCAUUGGCUGGCUGUACAGAAGAAACUGAUUUGGAACAUAUUUGUUCAAGGCAUUGAUGGUGCCCUUUUGAUGAUGUUGAAUAGCAAAUACAGAACUCAUUGGACUGAGCCUUUAGCCUUUAUCAUUGCUCAGAUAUACCGAAAUCAGAAUGUCUCUAAGAUUCAUCAAGCAUUAGGCAUGAUUUCUUCGCCAUCUGAUAGUUCUGAAGAUGAUGAAGGAAGUGAUGGUUCAAAAAAUUCAUCAGCAUCAAUGAGCAGUGAACCAAGUAAAGUGAUCAACACCAGCGAUUCUGGAUAUCCAGUAUCUGACAGUUCUUUAAAUAAAUCCGAAGAUAAUUCUGUAAAUAAUAAUGAAAUGGAUUCUUCGGAGAAACUUACAGCUUGCUGUAAUGACAGUACUAUUUGUUAUAAUGGCAUACAAACUAAACUACAAAAAGUGCAGUUGAGUGAAGAGGAUGAAGCAUCAACUAAUCAAGUUUCUCCUCCCCCUGCACCUCCUAAAAAUGUAUUUUUUGGUAAAACAAAGCACCGUAUUUCGUCAAAAAGCAAUUAUGAUCAAAAUGAAAAUUACCCAGAAAGCUCAAGCAGCUCUGAAUCACCUCUUCAUAAAAAAAUUAAAGGUAAUUGUUUUUCAAAAGAUUCUGCGAAGGUAGAGCUUACAGAUGACGAUACUGUCCUAAGUAUGAGUCUGGGUGGCAGUUCAGCUGAUUUUCGGGAUAAAUCAUCAGAAGAAAAUUUUCCUGAUAGAAAAGCAAAUAAAAACUCUAAACUUCAUAAAAUGAGAAGUGCUCAAAACCAACCUAAAAUUCUCGAGAGUGAUUCAAGUAAUGAAGAUCUUAUAAAAAAUACAAAGCACCGGAACCAUCCUCCUGUCUUCUGGAGAGGUAAAAGUCCUAGGCGUAGUAAUGGUUGUAUUCCUUCUAUUUGUUUGGAUUCUGCAAAUCUGGUAUCCUCAAAAAGAAGAUUUAGGUAUCCACUAUUGGAGAAAAGAAAUAGUAUGCUUACUUUACUUGAUGAAACAGCACUUGCCCCAUCUGAUGAUGAUUUAAGGAAUGUUUUGAAGGAAUUUACAAUGAGUUUCAUGCACAGUGGUUUUUCUCAACUAAUUAUGGACAUAAAGAAAUUGAUUAUUGAAGAAAGUUUCGAGACUAUUGAUAAGUCGCUCUUUUUCUGGAUAUUCAAUUAUUUCGUGCACCUUGCUGCAGCUGUUCACCUAAACUAUGAUCAUUUAAGUGAUAUUCUUUCUAUUGAUAUCAUCAGUUUUCUGGUACAUGAAUGUGUCGCAACUUCUGAAAAUAUGGAGCUGCACUCGAAAACAAAUGUAAAAUUAGCAAAGUAUAUAGCUGUUCAUUUGAGCUUAAUUGUGGCAGCUUUAAAAGAGGUGCUUCAUGUAAUUGACAUAUACUCAAAAAAGAUCACUUCACAGAGGGAAAAAAUUUUCUUCAAUUAUUUGUGUGGGAUGCUUGCUGGACUUAAAGAUCUAAGACUUAUCCCUCUUCUUUUGCUCCAAAAUUGCCCAAUAACUAACAUGAAGAGGUAUUUAGAAGAUGUUGUGAGUAUCAAUCAUCAAAUCAUCACUUUAUCAGAGAGAAAUAACGAACUUUGCUGGGGGCCUAGAAGAGUUGAUACGUUGGAACACUUGAAACUAUUUUCUACUCCUACAAUUAUGAAAUGCUAUGGGAAGCUUUUGCAGAAUUUCAGAACCAACAGUUCAAUGGUGAAUGAAUGCAUAUUUACCAUGUUUCACCACAUAGCAGGGGAUGUUAAUUCUUCUCAUUUACUACUUGAUCCUUCAAUAUUAAAGUCAUUUUCCGAUCUUCUCCAGAAUGAUGUAGAGUUGGACCACUAUCAGGAAGACUUGAUUAUAUACAUAUUGAACAAAUUUGCUUUGCAAAAGAAGAGACUAAUGGUUGGGGAAACUAUUGAUGAACCUGGAAAUACUGAAGAACGCGAACCAAGUGAAUCAUCAAGCAGUUCUAGUUGUGAUGACAGUGACGACUUAUUAAACGAAGAUGAUGAUGAACUGCUUUGGUGGUUCCUGCAAUUUGAGCAAGAUAAAGAUCCUGUUUCUAGGAUUUCGGAGCAUACUUCAAUCUCAAAGCAAGAUAUUCUUUCAAAACUGCAAUUUAAAGGGAUUAUAACGUCUGAAAAGCGCAAGAAGUUUGAAGAAACAAUGGAUACAAAGAACUUCUUCGUGAAAAAUCAUCAAUCACUGAGAGAAAAUACUUUUCACCCUUUCUACCAGAAGGUGUGCAAUGAACUGAAUCAGGAGAAAGAACUAACUCAAGUUCCUGAUUUUGAUGAAAACAUACCAACUCUUCUGCGAACAUUGGUGCAGGCUGGAUCACGUAAGCACUUGAUAUGGCUUCAAGAUAUACUAUUAGAAACAUGCUACGCUAAACUAGGAUUUGAUUACCUAGUUCCUGACUGUAUAGUUUGCUGUUCAACCAAACUGAGGGUAGCAGUUCCUCUCGUACCAUACACCGAAGACCAAAAAUUAAUUCUUCAGGAUGAAACAUUCCUCCAGUUGCUGCAAAAGCUGGGAUUCCACCUGAGUUCUGGUGUAUAUCAAAUGUAUCCUCGCAUCCCUAUCCAUUGGAGUUCUCGUAUGCUGUUUACGAUUGCGGCACGCUUGGGCCCCAUUAAAAAAGAUAAACUAAAAUUUGACUUUGACGAUUUGAUGCAAGCGAACGACACUCCUGAACCAAUAAAAUUUCAGAGUAAUCCUUGCCCUACUCUUCCUCCAUUAUCUUCAUAUUGUACUCGAAGCUCUUGGCUGACUGCAGUGCAGCAGAGUAAAGAAAACUACAGAGCCUACAAGUUAAAUAUUGAAUCUAUAUAGUUAUAUUCUUCUUGGAUGUUGUCCUUAUUGCAAUAAAAACAUCAUAUUGCAACUGAACAUUUUGAUCAUGUGACCUAAAACUAAUACCUGGCAUUCCAUAUUUUAUUAUUCUCACUUAUAUGUUAACAUCUUUACCUUGUGUAUUUAAUGAUCUGUAAUGCAUAACAUUGAAUCUUUGUUUUGGUUUAAAUAUUAUAAAACUGUACUCUAUGUUGAAAAAUAAAAGCAAACAAUGUAUGCAAGAGAAAA